GUGAAGCUAGUCAUGUUAUACAAUAUAUUUUACUUCCUGCGCUCUGGUUGACAUACAAGCAUUAAACUUAUUAUCGUUUUGUGGAGCAGUCAAUUCAACAUCGUAGCAGCAAUAAAUUAAGAAAAAAAAAACUAACAGCAACCAAACAAUUAUUUCUAAAGAGUGAUCACUCGAAUAUUCAACUAUGUGUAAAAGUUGGAUAGCACAAUGUCUACACAUUUAAAAAAAUGUCUCCAUGAUGAAUUGAUUAGUAAAAUGAUGGAUAAUUUUCAAGUUGUGUUAUUCUUAGUUCUUUUUUGUUUCUUUAGUUCUUACCAAAACCAAUUUUCUGACUAUAGAUUUGUUUUUCCUGUGAACGGAGCUGACACAACCAUUAAGUUUAAUUCUACAAUACUAAUACGAAGAUUCUAUAUGUGUUUACAAAAUAUGUACUUUCAAAAGUGCAUCGCUUUUAUCAGCCCAGGAUGGUUUGUGAGCGACAUCUAUCCGACUGUAAGGACAUUUAGUAGUCAUCAACAAUUCGCUUGUAGAAUGUGCAAAUUUUCAAACACGACUCGUUCUAUAGUUUGCCGUAAAUCAUCAGUAAACGAUUUUAACAAAAACACAAGAUACUGUGUGGUUUCUAUCAAGAAUAAUGUAGCACUCUCGAAUUGUGCAAUGCGCUUAAGAGAAGGUAAUUGCACUAUUUGUUUUGUGGAUAGCGUUUUUAGGUCUACACAUUCUAUAGUCUGUUCUAGUGAAGGACAAGAAUGUGCAUGGAUUCCAAAAGAGAAAAGAACAACAAACUCUCCAACUGAAUUGUCAGUGUUUCCUGUUGACCAAAGCAGUACGGAUGCGCUAAUUUCUAGAUCUACAGUAUCUUUUCUUGAAAACAGCAUACCAAAUGCUACACUACCAACUUUACUUACAGUCAGUUCGACGAUAUCUCAGUCUAAUCCUUACACAGCUUCCUCGACCAAUGAUUCAGAACUCAGCGUUUCAAAUACUAUCAUAAUAGCAGUUGUGAUAUGCUUGGUUUUGAUUAUAAUAGCUGUCAUUCUUGCAACGUUAUUCUAUAAGUUUAGAAAUGAAACAAAGCCCUCGAGUGUUCUAGCUCGAGUUUGUUUCUGCUUUCCUCAGAAAUCUCAACAACCUCCAAAUAAUAUGGAGCCCUGCCAUCAAGAUGUAAGUCCUGUAAACGCAAAGAUGAUUAAAAUUGAAAAUGUGCAAAAUUCAAAACAUUUACCUAAUUUAAGUGAAGAGAUGCCAAGGAAUAGGGUUACACAAAGAUACUCAGCCCAGACUACCAUAAGGGUUGAUAAUAAUCACGCGAGAACAGAUCUCGACAUCGAGAUUAUGCCUGAAGACAAGAAUAUGUUAGAAUCAGUUAUUAAUGAAAUGGCAGCAGAGGUGUAUCAUGAACCUUUUAAAAGAAAUACAUUAGAGGUUCAUUCUGAAAAACUGGACAAUUUGGGAUUGAGUGCCAUUGACAACAAUUUGGGAUUGAGUGCCAUUGACAACACUUUGGGAUUGAGUGCCAUUGACAACACCAGAAGCGAUUAUUCCAAACUGCACGAGAUACAGAAAAAUGUCACAAAUAUUUACAACACUGCGCAUGAGCAGCGCGUACCUAUGAAUGAGAACUUUGAGAAAUCAAAAAGUUUUGACCAGGACACUAAUCUGAAAUGCUCCUCUUCCGAUAACAUUAAAUACGAAAGAGCCACUACCAGAGACACUAUUCUCAAAUCAAGUUCUGAUAUAAGUGAUACAGGCCAACAAGACGGUCUAGUUAAAGUACAGGAUCAAUCAAAUGUAGCGGUCGAGUAUGCGACAGUUAAAAAACAUUUAUACAAUAACGUAAUGUACAAUAAAACCCAUGUAGAUAAAAGUGAUUACUUAAAUUUGGACAGAAAUUAAGGUAUCAUUAGACUAUUAGUUUUCAUAACCAAAUGGAAGAGUGUAUUAGAAAGGGGCUUACUUGGAUUUAUCUCCGAUAUAAUUAAAUAUGAAAAUAUAAUUACCGGAGACAUUAUCCUUGAAUCAAAUUCUUGUAUUAGUGAUUUACAGAAUUAUCUAGUUGAAGUAUUGGAUCAAUUAAAUGGUACAAUCGAGUAUUGGAGUAUAAAAAAGUAUUUAAAAAUUUACACAAACUUAAUUUUAAACAUUAUUUUAAUUUCGAAAUUAGAAUAUUGUCAUAUUAUUUUAAAAUAUAAGAUACAUUUUUCUUGUCAUAUUAUUGUGAAAUAUAACUUGCAUUCUCUUUCUGAUUAAAUUUUUUUUACACACAUCGUCACUAAACGCAAACACUCACGCAAAAGUAUUCACACGCAAUCAAAUCACACAGGUCAACACACACAGAUUGACAAACAACAAGUCGCUUCAUAAACUAUGGUCACACAGAGUCACACGUACACAUACUCACACGCACUUGCACACAUAAACUUUUACGCACACACACACACACUCACAACACACAUGCACACAUAAACGUAUUCACACUGUCACACACACACACAUCUAUCCAUUCAGUUAUACACACUUUGACACCAAACUCUUAAAUUACACAUAUACAUUUACUAGCACAUAAACACACACACAGAUUUAAGUUAGUAUUGUUUUUUCUAUAAGAAUUCUGAAUUUAAAAUACUAAUUGAUAGAGAUUCUUUAUAUUGUUCUUUCAUUCAUUGUUUGUUAUUUUUAAACAAUGUAAAAUAAGUCAUCUGUUCAUUUUUUUUUAAAUAAUACGGAAUAAAAGAAGUUAGUUUUUUU